UCUCAGCAGUUUCGGGGGUAGGGCCAUCUAGAAUCACUGUAGGGAACUGAAAAAGAGAAUUUCUUUACCUGUUGUGAAAAUUACCGAUCGGAGAAGGGAAUGCGAGUGUCCUCUAUCAUAAUUUUAUUGUAACGGAAAAUUUGGAUGUUUUAUAGAUGGCGAUAGUAAUCCACAAACCAUCUUUCAACGUUCUGUCAAGGGGUGCUCAUCCUAAAAUAAUAACGAGAAUGUGCAUGGAAGCUAUGUGCCCCGUUUUUUUCAAAUAAUUAAUUAAUUGUUAAUGAAUUAAUUUAUUGUAUCGAUGAUGGUUAUUCACUCUUUGAAUUUAAUCAGAUAUUUUUUUCGCAGUGCUCUAUAAUAUUUCUUAUUGCUGCGCUUAAUUAUAUAUAAUUGGAUUAACCUAAAUUACCGGUGAUGGUAUUUAAAAUUUUUAAAAAUGAUAAAUAAAUCGUUGUUCAUUCUAUCAUCCCAUACAAAUAAUUGUUGUUAAUGUUUAUUGUUAAUAAUUGGAAAAAAAAAUUGGUUUCGGCGAGAUUCGAACCCUGAGCCUCCAGCAUAUAAAUCCAUAACCUUAUCCACUCUGCCAAAGGAGGCCAUUUAACUUGGCAUUUAGUUUUGUCUAUAACACGAUAAUUAUUAAAUUUUAUAUUGUUUAUGCAUAUAGUCCACCAUAGUUCCAAUUAAUAUCUUGUUUCUUCAUUAUUGGUGACUAUCAAAUAAUCAAAUAAUUAUUGCGAAUAAAUAUAAAUGAUCUCGAUAGAAUCAUAGAUUUGUUUUCUGCAUAAAUUUUUUCAUCAUGUACUAAUUAAUUGUUUACUAUGUCAACGAAGGUUAUUACAAUAUUCCAUUCAAUCAAAUCAAUUAUUGGAAUCUGCCGUGAAGUGUUUUUUAAUACCUGGCAUUAUUUAAUUAGAUUUGUUUGCAUAAAAGUCAAUAUCAGAUAUUAAUUAUAAACAAAUCACCAAAAUUCCAUCAUCCCAUGAGAAACUAUUUGGAUUGUUACGCUUAAUUACUUGUGGUUGAAUCAUCAGAAAUUACCGGUAAUGACAUUUGAAAUAAAAAACAAUUAAUAAUGAAUGGUUGUACACAUAUUAUCAUCCCAUAAAAAUAAUUGUUGUUAACGUUUAUUGUUGAUAAAUGAAAACAAAAAAAUUAGUUUCGGCGAGACUUGAACCCUGCCCCAAAAUAUUAUGAUUCCCAUAAUAUUAUCCACUUAUUUAUUUUAUUUUUUUAAAUCACUCUGCCAAAGCACUGUAUUUGAUUUGGAAAUUUAAUUAUGCCUAUACGAUGGUCGUUAUUACUCCUUACUUUUUUUUUAAUUUUCAAAAAAUUGAAACGAAUAGAGACUUGUAUAUUAAUUUAUUUUUUGUAUUAUCAAACAGUUAAAACAACGGUUGUUAUCGUAACGUCACGACCGUUUGCAGGUAGUUUGAAAAACACUCCUUUUCAAUGUUCAAUUUUUUAAAGGAAUUCAUGGCGUUUUUUUAUUAGAAUUCCCUACGGCGAAGUGUAGUACUCCACGCCGGAGUUGAGGGAGGGAGUAGGCGAAGGGGUCGGAGCCAAAUAAUAAUAUUAAUUUUUGAGAAAAAAAGGAUAAUUCCUCGGUAGACAUUUUCAUUUCUUUUAUUAUUGGAAAUUUCCCUCAAUUAAAAAAAGUUAUGCUCGAUUAGUUUUUCACUCCGGAUUCAUACCCACCAAAGUAAUAAUCGUAUUUGGAGUUUCAUUCCUGGAAAAGAGGGGAGUAAUUCGGAACAGCCAUAUAGAAGGGAGGCAGCUCAAGUCAUGAACGCCCGACAAUAAACGACCUGACCAUGGCAGGUGUACUCGUACAGGUAUAAAUCGAUAGUCCCUACUCAGGAGAACUCAGUCGCAGGACUACUCCUCGCAGUUUCAACAUCGUCACCGUCAUCAUUCAAUCGAAAUAGUGUUACGUGCAUUUUAUAUUUUUGUAAUUGUGUGUGACGUCUCCAGAAUGAAAAGACCAAGUACGAGUGUCCUACCUACGGAGAUUAUUAUUCACAUAUUUAAAUACGUUCCCAUACUAUGGAAGAUUAAACUGGAAAGAGUUUGCAGGCAAUGGCAGGAGGCGAGCAAAGCUUCCUGGAGCGGUAUUAGGCGAUUAAUUGUCGUUUCUCCCCGUCGGCGCAGAAACUCCCUUGGCAUAUAUGUCCAAAAUGAUGAAAUAUAUAUCUCAAGAUAUGACCAAAUAAUGAUGGAUGCCAUUCUAUCUCGUAUUGGGCACAACAUCACCCAUCUAUCAUUUGAGUUGUUUUCUGUCGAUCUGGAUAAACAUUUCUUCCUACUCAUCGCGAAACAUUGCACCAAUGUGGAGAACUUCAGCAGCAGCGGAUGGCAGAAAUCAGCAGAGCUGAAGCACUUACUUUCUUGCAAUACAAAAUUAAGAUCCAUUUACUUGGAUGGAGCAGAGGUGAGUUUAAGCGCAUUGCAAGGCCGGAACUGGAAAUGUUUGCACUUACUAGGUGGCAUGCCGAUUUGGGAAAAGGCUUCGAAGGAACGAGUAGUGGAACUCAUAAAUGGCAGUUCCGAUUUGGAAGAUUUGAGACUUGACACAUGGUCGGAAGAAAUUCGUGAUGCCGUCGUAAAGAAGUCGAAAUUGAAGUCCCUGGGUUAUUGCGAAGAAUUGUUUCGCUAUGGUCGACGUCCGGAGUUAAUUAAUUUCCAGGGAAUGCGAUUAUUGACGAGUUUGGCCCUAUGUGAUCUCGGGAUAAAGGUGGAUUGUGCAGAACGUUUCCUCAGGAUGCUCAUCCAAAUAUCCCUGUAUUGUCCAAACUUCCAGGAAUUAUCAAUACGAGAGACGGCGGUAUCAAAUUCGGCGUAUGAAGCGAUGUUGGCUUUACCAAAACUUCAUACCCUGGCCUUAGAAAAUAUCAAGUCCUUUGAUGAUACCAUGCUCGUGCGGCUAUCAAAGCUUCGCCGGUUAGCAGUGAAGAACGUUGGUUAUAGCGUUGAAGGAUUGCUGUCGUUUUUGGCCGAAGCCACCGAUUUGGAGUAUUUGGACAUUAGCUGGAGUAGCCUAUAUAUUGCAGAACUGGAGCAGAUCAUUAAUGUUACAUUCCAUCGAAAGAACAAACUGAAGAUCAUCGUUCACCAACGUGAUAUGAAUAAAAUUGUAUCCAUGUCUCCAGGAAAACAUGUGACGUUCGCCCAGUGGCAUUAUAAGCAACAUACGCAUUUCCUGCUCCGUCCAUGAAUAAUUAAUAUGAAUAUAAAUAUGUAAAAUCUAUGGAAUGGCGAAUAACAACGAAUUUUGUUGAUAA